AUGAACGUAGAAUUUCUCGAUUAAGGAGUUGGUGAUGGAAAGACUCCACAAAAAGGGCAAACUGUUUGGGUUCAUUACACUGGAAAACUUACAAAUGGCAAGGUAUUCGAUGCAAGCAUAGAAAGAGGAGAACCCAUUAAAUUCAUAUUAGGAGUAGGUCAAGUUAUUCCAUGCUGGGACAGAGGAAUUGCAUAGCUUCAAUUAUAGCAAAAAGCUCGUUUAACAUGCCCACCUGAUUUGGCUUAUGGAUCUAGAGGUGCAGGCUCAUCUAUCCCACCAAACAGCACCUUAAUCUUUGAUGUUGAACUUCAUAGAUUCCAAUGA